CCCUGUAUUAAUCUCACCUCUCUAUCUCCCUCUAAAAUUUUUCUCUCCUUUUCCUAUUUUCCUCCUUCAAUCAAUCAGUCUCUCCAUUUAGAGGAAUUUGGAAUGAUGGAUGUUAAAGGCAGAAACAGCAACCACAAGAAUAGCUCCUCCUCUUCCUCCUCCUCCACCACACAAAGUGAAGAGGAGAUGGGUGACUUAAGAAGAGGUCCUUGGACUGCUGAAGAAGACUUCAAGCUCAUCAAUUACAUUGCUGCUUACGGAGAGGGUCGCUGGAACUCCCUCGCUCGCUGCGCAGGCCUUAAACGAACCGGAAAGAGCUGCAGAUUAAGAUGGCUCAACUACUUAAGACCUGACGUUCGACGUGGUAAUAUCACCCUCGAAGAACAACUCAUGAUCCUCGAGCUUCAUUCACGAUGGGGCAAUCGAUGGUCCAAGAUCGCGCAACACUUGCCAGGAAGAACCGACAAUGAAAUCAAGAACUACUGGAGAACCCGUGUCCAAAAGCACGCUAAGCAGCUUAAAUGUGACGUGAAUAGCAAGCAAUUCAAAGACACCAUGCGAUACCUAUGGAUGCCGAGAUUAAUGGAGAGAAUUCAAGCAGCCAAUACCACAGCCACUAGCACUAGCACUGCCACCGCAGUUGUACCCACCAUAGAUGGCACCAUCACAGAGGCCACUCAUCACCAUCACCUAAUCAACAGCACCAUCACAGAGGCCACUCAUCAUCAUCACCUAAUCAACAGCACCAACACCGACAUGGGCAGCGGGCAAUGGGCCGUAGCUCAUGUCGGGAGUGAGUUUGGGGUUGCACAUGUUACUCCUAGUACUUACACUACCCCAGAAACUUCGAGCACGGCUGCAUCAUCAGACUCAUUGAGAAAUCAGGUUUCGCCUAAUGAUUAUUAUGGCAUCUCGGUUAAUCCGGAUUAUUUUCAAUCUGGGCAAGUUGGCUACUCGGAGUCAAUGAUUAGUCCAUCUGGUUAUUUUAACCAGGUAUCGGAUUUCCCAGCCAUGGAGCAUAACAACAACCAAUUUUGGGUGGACGGUGGGGAUACAUCCUACAAUUUAUGGAAUGUUGAGGAUAUCUGGUUCAACAUGUGAAAAACCCCAACAAAAAGAGACCUGUAGAGAUUUAGAAAAAAAAAAAAAAAAAAAAAACUAUGGAUCAUAGAAUGAUUCAUAAUAUACAUAUAGAAUCUGUGAUAGACAUAUAGGUCUAAUUGUGGAUUACUUGAUUUUUAUUUCCUUUGUUUAUUAUUAUUGUUAUUAUUAUUAUUUUUUAGAGGAGGGGAGGAAUUGUAAUCUGAGCUUUUUCUAGGUCUCAUUCUUUGUUAUUGACACUGUAGGUCGCUCGUUAAUUA